AAAUCCAAUCGGAGACAUUUGCGGAUCACGGUUCAAAUCCGCAUCAGCCCAUCAGCUCUCGAACGAAAGCAAGAUCGGGAACUAUGAAGGCAGCCAAUAAUUCGGAAGAGCUGCGUGAGAAGGGCAACCAGUGCCUGAAGGAGGGCAAGCAUGCAGAGGCGAUCCUGCACUACACGCACGCCCUGGCCACGGACCGGGACAACUCGCUGCUCUACGGCAACAGGUGCCUGGCCUUCCUCAAGAUGGACCAGUUCUACCUGGCCUACGAGGAUGCCCGGCAGGCCAUCCGCCUCAGCCCCAAUUGGCCCAAGGGUUACUACCGGAAGGCAGAAGUGGAGUUCCGUGCGGAGCACUACAAGGAGGCCAUGGAGUCUUUCAGGAAAGCGCUGCAGCUGAGUGGCGACGACCCCAAAGUCCUUGACCAGCUGCGCAAGUCGAGGCGGGAGUUCGAGAAGCAGACCAAGGUGGACAGCCAGAUCCCCUGGAUGGGAGCUGCCACGGGAUUUGUGCUGGGCGUGCUCAUCGUCGUCUUUGAUGUGGGCAUCAGGAAGGAGCCCUACCUGCUGAAUCCCAUCUGGAUGACUGCGGUCGUGAUGACAGCGGCACUCAUCUGCUUCUUCAUUGCCAGGUUCCACAGGAACAGCCUUCAGGGCCAGCGUAAGAGCUUGCUGGAGCCUCCGGUCGAUCUUUUUGGAGAAGGAGAUUACCAGCAGGAAUCUGAGCAGGCGGCUGCUGGUGAUGGUCAGGACCGGAAGGAACCCAAGCUGAAGAAAAGGUGAUGCGUCGGAGCGUCUGGGGUCGGGAACGGUGGGGAUGCUGUGGUUGUCGUUUGGUGGGUGCCAUGCUCCGUGCAGGUGCGCGGUGUGGGCACGCGAUUACAUUCCUAGUCAUUGGACACUCUCAUUUGUAGCCUCUGUCGAGGUGCACGGUGGACCAGUUGCAACUCACUUGUAGCCAAGAGCCCAGAAGGGGACCAUUAAACACUUUCGUACGCA